AUGGAUAGCCGCAGCCAAAGAUCGAAUCAAACGGAUUCAUCAAAAGACAUUUUUAAUCCAAGUAAAGCAAUCAAUUAUAACUGUCUCCAAAAAGUUGUGUUUUUCUCUGACAAACAUCCCUUCUUGAUCUAUAAGGACUCAAGAAGUAUUGGCUUUAUUAACUGUGUCAAUUUUGAGAUACAAAAGCUCUUUGACUGCAAUUACAAAAGAGGAGGCAAUAUUCAUUCAAUGAUUUAAUAGGCCUUAUCUGAAGACACUCUCGAAAUAGUAAGUCUGAUAUACAAGCCAAAGGAUGAUCAAGGCCCAGAAGAGAGAAAAUUCGGGUAUUAUACUGUCACUUUUGAGUGA